AUGGCCGCGUCCACACCACCGCCAGCAGGAGCCGCGCCCUGCUUCUACGAGCACACCGCGCACUCUAUCACCCCCCACCUAACCACGCAAAUGCCAUACUCCAUCGCCCUCCUCCGCCGCAUCCAGCACGCCCUCGCGCAUCCCUCCAACACCGCCAAGAUCCUAGCCACUUUCCCCCCGGGCGCGACCCCUGACGCCGACACCCACACGCCGUGGCUGGCUGCGCGGGUGGAUCUCUUCCGCGGCCGUGAAACCCAGAUCAUCCUCUACUCCAGUCUCGAAGCGCAGUGCACGCUACUCCCGCCGAUCGACCCGGUCCCUCGUAGCGAGGACGCCGCAUCCACUGCCGCCAAUGCGAAUGCGAAUGCUAAUGCUAAUUACGCCGUGUCCACUCUUUCGGCCGCCCCGGCGGUCUUGGACCUGGCCCGCGCCCAAUUCCUGGCCUUCCUGACACAUGUCAAGGCCCAUCUGCUGCCCGAGUACCUGUCAUCACUGGCAGCCUCGGAUCCGGAAUCAAGCGCUACGCCUGAAUCAGCUGCCCGCUCGCCAGGGGCCAGCAUAUCCGCAUCCCCACUGGGACCCUUGUCGCCCUCCGCCCCAUCAAACCCAACCGGCGUCGCGCUGAUCCCAGCGCCGGACCCACGCGCUUUCCUCUUCGGGACCUUGCAUACAGGUCUGUUCGCGCUGCUGCUGCGCCCGGGGAUUUUCGCUCGCGUGGAUGGCCCCGCCGAUCCGCUGUCUGGCUUGCGGAUCCAUCGCUUCGAUAAUCCGCCGUACUACAAGUAUUUCUUCAAGAGAGAUUCGUUUAGUCCGGGGUCGGGGUCGGGGUCGGAAGUCGCGGAAGAGAAUUCGCUGCCACCGGGGUACCGGUAUCAUGAUCGGCGCGGGCGCGAAGGCGUGCUGGCCGAGCAUCUGGAUCUUGUGCAGAGCCGAACGCAUAUUCCCCGAUCACGGUCACAGUUGCAGACGCUGCCUGGCGUGGCGAUUUACUACGAUGCCCCCGGGACGGGAACAGGCGCAGAUACUCCUACGGACAAUAGUAGCGGCGAAGACCAGGCCGAGAUGCCAAUCGCGUGGGGUUUCCUGGGCGUAGACGGCGCGGUGACGACGCUGCAUGUUGAACCCGAGCAUCGCAAGCAGGGGCUGGCGUUUUCGUUGUCCAAGGAGGUUAUGCGUCGCGGGAUGGCGGCUGAGGAGGUCUUUGGGGCGCACCGUGUGGGCAUCGUGGAUGGGGCGGGCAAGGGUCUUGUGGAGGGGUGGGCGCAUGCUGAUGUUGCUGGGUAUAAUAACGCGAGUCGGAGGGUUAUGGAGAAGAUUGGAGGGCCGGUGUUGACUACGGUGGUGUGGACGGUGAUUGAGCUUCUUGAUUAA